AUGCGUUUCUCUACUUUCGCUACUACUGCUGCUGGUUUGUUACUAGCUGCCUCCAAGGUCACUGCCAUGGGUGAACUGGCCUUCAACAUCGGUGUCAAGAACAAUGAUGGUACCUGUAAGGCUACUUCCGACUACGAAAACGAUUUAGCCAUUUUAAAGGAUUACACUACUACUAUCAAGGUCUAUGCUGCUUCUGAUUGUAACACUUUACAAAACUUGGGUCCUGCUGCUGAAGCUGCUGGUUUCACCGUCUUUGUCGGUGUCUGGCCAACUGACGACACCCAUUUCUCUGAAGAAAAGACCGCUUUGUCUACUUAUCUUCCAGCUAUCAAGAAAUCUACCGUUGCUGGUUUCAUCGUUGGUUCUGAAGCUUUAUACCGUGACGAUCUAUCUGCUUCCUCUUUAGCUGACAAGAUUGACGAAAUCCGUACUUUAGUUUCCUCCAUUGAUGACUCUGAAGGUAACUCAUACUCGGGUGUCCAAGUCGGUACUGUCGAUUCCUGGAAUGUUCUCGUUGCUGGUUACAACUCUGCCGUUAUUGAAGCUUCUGACUUCGUCAUGGCCAACGCCUUCUCUUACUGGCAAGGUCAAACCAUGAGUAACGCCUCAUACUCUUUCUUUGACGAUAUUAUGCAAGCUUUACAAACCAUCCAAACUACAAAGGGUUCUACCGAUAUCACUUUCUGGGUUGGUGAAACCGGCUGGCCAACCGAUGGUACCAACUAUGAAAGUUCUUACCCAUCCGUCGAAAACGCCCAACAAUUCUGGCAGGAAGGUAUCUGUGCUAUGAGAGCGUGGGGUGUCGAUGUCAUCGUUUUUGAAGCCUUUGACGAAGACUGGAAGCCAAACACUUCUGGUACGAGUGAUGUUGAAAAACACUGGGGUGUCUGGACUUCUGACGACUCUUUGAAAUACUCCCUAUCCUGUGACUUUUCCAGUUAA